GUUUGUAUGUAUGUAUGUAUGUAUGUAUGUAUGUAUGUAUGUGCAUAGUGUAUGUAUGUAAUAAUGAAUCUAAUUAUUUCUUCCUUUCCCCUCCAGAUGGAAGCCCUGCCGAUGCUCUCUCCCAGACAGAUGGCGGAGCUCAUGGUCGUCCCUCUCCCCCGGCUGCCCCCGAAGGCCGAGGUGGUCGACCGCGUCUUCGACUAUCUCAUGACCCUAGACCCCAUGGAGGGGACUCUGCUCUCUGUCCUGGACCACCUAGUGCAAUUCAGCCAUGAUAUGGGAAUGGACUGCGAGACCUACCAGAUAAUAGUGCAAAAGCUGUAUGAAAUGUUGUGGUCUGUGCCACGCGUGAUGGAGCCACACAUCUGGGCGGCGAUUCACAAUCUUAGACAACCUGCCUACUGUUCAUUGCCGGUGUAUGACGAGUGUCCUGUGAUACUCGUUAAUGAGAGCAGAAUCUGUGAUGGAGUCAACAGCUCAGAGCUACAGCGCCACCUGGUGGUUGGACAUGUUCCCUGCGGAUACACUCUGGCAGAGUAUGCUUGCGCACAGCUCUCAGGAUUCACUGCACAACAUCUCACCCACCUCCUGGUGUGCAAGCUGUCCAGCAACAUGACUUACUCUAGGGAGACCUGGAAGCUGCUCCUCACCAAAACCUCUGCAGUUCUGGAUGAAGCUCUCAUCAUGGUCUCCCACGUGGUCUCCAACAUGUCGGACCCCGUUGCUGGUGUCUCCGUGUCCAACGUCCUGGACGUCCUGUGGGACAUGCGACUGAGACAGCUCAGCCCAGAGCAGUGGCGAGACACUACCCUCGUUACUGCGCUGUUGGACGGCGGCCUGCGAUUCUUACCCUUCACCUCCGGACGCUUCCUCCACUGUCUCAGCGGCAAGAACCUCUCCUGUGAAACCUACCAGCAAAUAUUGAGAGCAUUUGUGCAUCAGUUCUUCUACAUGGAGAUGCCACAUAGGAGGAUGGUGGUGGAGUCCUUCAUCGUGCCUUACCUGCAGAGCAACUACUCAGAACAUGCUUGUGUCCGUAAUGAUAGCUAUUACUGGCUACAAAACAACUUUGGACCAUUUUCUGUCUUUCUGGAUCUCGGAAGUCUAUUUGACCUCAACAUGGCCUUUGAUCCACUGGCAGUAUUGGAUCUUCUCAGUCCUAAGCAGACGGCUGAGUUGAUGGUUCUGCCUCUCCCUCAUCCCCAAGGCAAAGAUGAGGUCAUCAACAGAGUGCUGGAUCACCUGCUGGAGUCACCAGUGGAGCGGAACCUUCCAGAAGUUCUUAUUCACGUCAUCGUCCUCUCCAGACAGCUUGAAGUACCUUGUGAGUUCUAUCAAGCAAUAAUCCCGAGGCUGAGGGGAUCAUUGACAUCAGUACCAGGAGAUCUGGAGCCAAUCAUCAGAUCAGCUGUGGAAGAACUGCUCCUACUUACUCCAAUAGAUUGCGCAGUUUCUCCUCCUCUUCAGUGUCCUACAACACAAGUCAAUGAGAGCAGAAUUUGUGAAGGUGUCAACAGCAAUGCACUGCAGUCGUAUCUGGCAGCUGGAGUUGGAGACCCCUGUAACAUCAGUCUGGAGCAGUAUGCCUGUGCACAGCUGACAGGAUUCACUGCACAACACCUGGCCCAACUCCUGGUGUGCAAGCUGUCCAGCAACAUGACUUACUCUAGGGAGACCUGGAAGCUGCUCCUCACCAAAACCUCUGCAGUUCUGGAUGAUGCUCUCAUCAUGGUCGCCCACGUGGUCUCCAACAUGUCUCUGACAGUGAUGGGUCCGUCUGUAACUCCUGUCCUGGAUGUGCUUGGGGAGCUCCGUUUGGACUUGAUCAGUGACAUGCUGUGGAAAGACAUCAGUUUCAUCUCUGCACUGUUUGGUGACGGCCUGCGUCCAUUCUUAUCCUCCGCCUCAGGAAGCCUUCUGCAGUGUGUCAGCGGCAAGAACCUCACAUGUCAAACCUUCCAGCACAUUGUGAGUGAGUUCAGUCAUCAGUUUGAUCACAUGAGAGAGGAGCAGGCAGAGGAAGUCCUCAGAUUCUUCAUCCUGCCCUUCCUGUCCAGAAACUCCUCAGACUCUGGAUGCAUCUCCAACAACAGCAUGGCAUGGCUUCUCGACAACUAUGGGAGAUUCUCUGUCCUCGUUCCACUCAAAAGUCUAUUUGAUCUCAAUAAGGACUUUGAUCCACUGGCAGUAUUGGAUCUUCUCAGUCCUAAGCAGACGGCUGAGUUGAUGGUUCUGCCUCUCCCUCAUCCCCAAGGCAAAGAUGAGGUCAUCAACAGAGUGCUGGAUCACCUGCUGGAGUCACCAGUGGAGCAGAACCUUCCAGAAGUUCUAUAUCACGUCGUCUUACUCUCCAGACAGAAUCCCGAGGCUAAGAGAAUCGUUGACGUCAGUACCAGGAGAUCUGGAGCCAAUCAUCAGUGGAUCUGUGGCAGGACUACUCAUUGUGAAGUGCUGCUUCCAGUAACUCUUCCAACUCAGUGUCCUACAACACCAGUUAAUGAAAGCAGAAUUUGCGAAGAUAUCAACAGCAAUGCCCUGCAGUCAUAUCUGGCAGCUGGACUGGUCCCCUGUAACAUCAGUCUGGAGCAGUAUGCCUGUGCACAGCUGACAGGAUUCACUGCACAACACCUGGCCCAGCUCCUGGUGUGCAAGCUGUCCAGCAACAUGACUUACUCUAGGGAGACCUGGAAGCUGCUCCUCACCAAAACCUCUGCAGUUCUGGAUGAUGCUCUCAUCAUGGUCUCCCACGUGGUCUCCAACAUGUCUCUGACAGUGAUGGGUCCGUCUGUAACUCCUGUCCUGGAUGUGCUUGGGGAGCUCCGUUUGGACUUGAUCAGUGACAUGCUGUGGAAAGACAUCAGUUUCAUCUCUGCACUGUUUGGUGACGGCCUGCGUCCAUUCUUAUCCUCCGCCUCAGGAAGCCUUCUGCAGUGUGUCAGCGGCAAGAACCUCACAUGUCAAACCUUCCAGCACAUUGUGAGUGAGUUCAGUCAUCAGUUUGAUCACAUGAGAGAGGAGCAGGCAGAGGAGGUCCUCAAAUUCUUCAUCCUGCCCUUCCUGUCCAGAAACUCCUCAGACUCUGGAUGCAUCUCCAACAACAGCAUGGCAUGGCUUCUCAACAACUAUGGGAGAUUCUCUGUCCUCGUCCCACUUAAAAGUCUAUUUGAUCUCAAUAAGGACUUUGAUCCAGUAUGUGUGUUUUCUGUUAUUCAAUCUCUACUUUCUCAGCAUGCAGAUUUUGAUUCUCUUCAGGUGCAUACAGGCAUCUAGCCAUGGUCUUAAUUGUAAUCAUUUGAAAUACUUUUCUCUUUUUUUCUUUCUCCUCUCUCUCUUCUUCUCUCUCUCUCCUUCCCUCUCUCUCUCUCUCUCUCUCUCUCUGGCAGCUGGCAGUAUUGGAUCUUCUCAGUCCUAAGCAGAUGGCUGAGUUGAUGGUUCUGCCUCUCCCUCAUCCCCAAGGCAAAGAUGAGGUCAUCAACAGAGUGCUGGAUCACCUGCUGGAGUCACCAGUGGAGCGGAACCUUCCAGAAGUUCUUAUUCACGUCAUCGUCCUCUCCAGACAGCUUGAAGUACCUUGUGAGUUCUAUCAAGCAAUAAUCCCGAGGCUGAGGGGAUCAUUGACAUCAGUACCAGGAGAUCUGGAGCCAAUCAUCAGAUCAGCUGUGGAAGAACUGCUCCUACUUACUCCAAUAGAUUGCGCAGUUUCUCCUCCUCUUCAGUGUCCUACAACACAAGUCAAUGGUAGG